GCACAUUUUCCACAGACUUGGAGUGCUGAAGGUGUUGUCUGCCAACGAAAAGGAAGCCUGUGCCUGAAGUGAUGCUGUAAUCUAUGUUGCUGAACGAGAAGUUUUGGGGCAGGAUUUGAAGAUAGCCAUUUGGGAUACGCCACCGAAAAUACUCCACUGGGUGUGUGUUUUUCCACCCGCAAAACUGCUGAACUCUGUGGUAGAAGGCCAUCAUUGCACAUUUCCUAGUAGUAUCUUUACGGCCUUGCCAUGUGCUGUUGUGUAGUUGUUAUGAGCAAGAAACCAGAAAUGAACGUGUGGCUCUUAGGUUACUAAAGCUGGAUUGAUAAACUUGGAGAAGCUGUUCACUGCUGUUCCUCCUGAUAUUGGAUUCUUGUAUGCUGUGUAUUGUAGGCUGUAUCUAAAGACCUAGGGUGAAAAUUGUGCCCUUGCCUGCUCCUUCGCUGGCAGUCAGCAUUGUCACGUGGCAUAAUAGCCACAACUGUGUGCCUUUUUAUCCCUUGGAUCUUAAAGCAAACGAAAAAGACUGUUGGAAGACUACUCAUUCAGUCUUUGAGGGUUUUUGUUGUUGCAUUUUUGGGCUAGUUAAAAAAGGCAAAAAUGUCCUUUUUUAACUUUCGUAAGAUCUUCAAACUGGGAGGUGAAAAGAAGAAGAAGCAGUAUGAGCAUGUUAAGAGAGACUUGAAUCCAGAGGACUAUUGGGAAAUUAUAGGAGAACUGGGUGAUGGUGCUUUUGGCAAAGUAUUUAAGGCUCAGAACAAAGAAACAAAAGUUCUUGCUGCUGCAAAGGUGAUUGAUACUAAAUCUGAGGAAGAACUUGAAGACUAUAUGGUUGAAAUUGAUAUCCUAGCAUCCUGUGAUCAUCCUAAUAUCGUCAAACUUCUAGACGCUUUUUAUUAUGAAAAUAAUCUUUGGAUUCUCAUUGAAUUCUGUGCUGGUGGUGCUGUAGAUGCUGUAAUGUUGGAACUUGAGAGGCCGCUAACUGAGCCACAGAUAAAGGUAGUUUGCAGGCAGACACUUGAGGCACUGCACUAUCUGCAUGAAAAUAAGAUCAUUCACCGAGAUCUAAAAGCUGGCAAUAUUCUGUUUAUGUUAGAUGGCGACAUAAAACUAGCGGAUUUUGGAGUGUCUGCUAAAAAUACAAGGACAAUACAAAGACGAGAUUCUUUCAUUGGCACUCCAUAUUGGAUGGCUCCGGAAGUGGUAAUGUGCGAGACAUCUAAAGAUAGGCCUUAUGAUUACAAGGCUGAUGUUUGGUCUUUGGGUGUCACUUUAAUAGAAAUGGCUGAAAUAGAACCGCCUCAUCAUGAAUUAAAUCCAAUGCGUGUUCUGCUGAAAAUAGCAAAGUCGGAACCACCUUCAUUGGCACAGCCUUCAAAAUGGUCUGCUGAUUUUAAAGACUUCUUAAGGAAAUGUUUGGAGAAGAAUGUAGAUGCCAGGUGGAACACUGCUGAUCUUCUGCAGCAUCCCUUUGUUACUGUAACUUCCAAUAAACCAAUCAGAGAAUUGAUUGCUGAAGCGAAGGCGGAAGUUACAGAAGAAGUAGAAGAUGGUAAAGAGGAAGAUGAAGAGGAGGAAUCUGAAAAUUCUCUGCAGUUACCUGUGAAUAAGCGAGCCUCAUCUGACCUCAGCAUUGCCAGCUCAGAAGAGGAUAAACUUUCACAGAAUGCCUCUAUCCUGGAAUCUGUUUCUGAAAAAACAGAGCGUUCAUCCACAGAAGAGGCUAGUAGCAAUGGACUUGAAGGUGAAAAAAUGAUUGUGGAGCCUGACAGAACUGAGAAUGAGAAAUCCACUGAAAACAUUAGUGACACCAUACAGGAAAACACUGAAAAGCUGCAGAAUGGAUCUGCACUACCACAUGAAGAUGAGGAAGCAAAGAACAGUGAAGGUGAAAAAACUGCUGAAAAUGCAAUAUUAAGUGAAGAUACCGGAUCACAGAAAGAAGGAGAAGAAAUUAGUACAGUAAUAUCUGAAACUAGUGUUACACCCUGUCCAAAAGCAGUGAAAGAAAAUGAUUUCUCAAAUGAAUCAACAAUUGAAAACAAACAAGAAAUAACACCUGAAACUGAAGACAGCAGUGCAGAAAUUACAGAAGCAAUCUCUAUAGAGUCUGAUGUGAAAGAAGAGGAAAGAAGAAAUAGCACAGACCUUGAAGAAAAUAUAACUGGAGAGGAAAAGCCUACAGAAGGAAUUAAAGAGAUUAAGGAGUUGGAGAAGGAUAACAAAUGUGAAGGGAGUGGCCUGGAAGAAUCCGAAGGUCAGAAAAAUGAAGUGACUGCUGGUACUGAAGAGACAGGUACAGCUGAGUUUGUUGGUGAGCUGCAGAAGCAAAUAAAAGAAGAUGCCAGUAGUGCUCAAGGGAUAGACAGUUGUAGCGAAGCUCUGGGGACAGAUGCAGAUAAAGUGCUUAGAAGUGCUGAGGAACCACCAGAGUGUGUUUCCGAGGAUGUUCAGGAGAAUGUCCCCUCUGAAACUGCUCUUACUCAAAGUGAGGAGAAAAUGGUGGAUUCUGAUCAGCAACUGUCUGAGAAGUUCCCUGAAGAUUCUAACAAGACAAGCACCACAAAAGAAACAGAGGUUGGAGGUUCAAAAAGAGUGGAAGACAUAGACCAGAAGCCAGUAGAAAGUGACUCCAAGCAUGUUCAAGGGACAGAGGGAACUGAGGAAAGCAGCAUUGUACUUGAGGGUAAAAUGGCAGAACCUGAACAUAAAUUAGAAAGCAGAGUUGAGGAAAACCACAAGAAUGACAUUAAAAUAAGCACAGACCCUGCAGUAGCUUCCUUUGAGUUACCGAUUAAAAAUCAGCUAGAAGAUACUGCAGUCAAGCAGCCAUGCGAACAUGAGCUGCCUCCAGUACCUGAUAUAAGCAUUAGCUGUGCAGAAAAUGUGGCAGAACCUAAAUCUGGCAGUCAAGACAAUGUUGAAAAUUCGCGGCAUCUUGAUGCUGAAAGUCCUAAAGAAAAUGAUACAGAUUCAGGCACUGGUUCCACAGCUGACAACAGCAGCAUUGAUUUGAACUUGUCCAUUUCUAGCUUCCUCACUAAAAACAAGGAGAGUGGAUCAAUAUCUUUGCAAGAAACUAAAAGACACAAGAAAACAUUAAAGAAAACUCGCAAAUUUGUUGUUGAUGGUGUAGAAGUAAGUGUGACUACUUCUAAAAUAGUCACCGACAAUGAUUCUAAGAGUGAAGAGUUACGAUUUCUUCGGCGUCAGGAAUUACGGGAGCUACGACUUCUCCAAAAAGAAGAGCAGCGAGCUCAACAGCAGCUUAGCAACAAACUAUUACAACAACGAGAGCAGAUGUUCAGACGCUUUGAACAGGAAAUGACAAGUAAGAAGCGGCAGUAUGACCAGGAGAUUGAAAAUCUAGAGAAACAACAAAAACAGACAAUAGAGCGCCUGGAACAGGAGCAUACAAAUCGCUUGCGUGAUGAAGCAAAACGCAUCAAAGCUGAACAAGAGAAAGAAUUGUCCAAAUUUCAGAACAUGUUGAAAAAUAGGAAAAAAGAGGUUUUUAAUGAAGUGGAGAAAGCACCAAAAGAGCUGAGAAAAGAGCUCAUGAAACGCAAGAAAGAGGAGCUUACUCAGUCCCAGCAUGCUCAGGAACAAGAGUUUGUUCAGAAGCAGCAACAAGAAUUGGAUGCAUCACUAAAGAAAAUAAUUCAUCAGCAAAAAGCAGAGCUAGCCACCAUUGAACGGGACUGUCUUAAUAACAAGCAACAGCUCAUGAGAGCCCGUGAAGCUGCAAUAUGGGAGCUAGAAGAGCGACACUUGCAGGAAAAACACCAACUGCUCAAACAGCAGCUGAAAGAUCAAUACUUUAUGCAAAGGCAUCAACUGCUUAAACGGCAUGAAAAAGAAACAGAACAGAUGCAAAGAUACAACCAGCGGCUUAUCGAGGAGUUAAAAAAUAAGCAGACCCAGGAAAGAGCCCGAUUACCCAAAAUCCAGCGUAGUGAAGCAAAAACUAGAAUGGCAAUGUUUAAAAAAAGCCUACGAAUUAAUUCUUCAAGCACUCCAGAACAGGAUCGUGAAAAGAUUAAACAGUUUGCUAGUCAAGAAGAUAAGAGACAAAAAAAUGAAAGACUGGCUCAGCAUCAGAAGCAUGAAAAUCAAAUGCGCGACCUUCAACUGCAGUGUGAAGCCAACAUUAGAGAACUGCAUCAGCUACAGAAUGAGAAAUGCCAUCUACUGGUUGAACACGAGACUCAGAAACUAAAAGAAUUGGAUGAAGAACAUAGCCAAGAACUUAAAGAAUGGAGAGAGAAACUGAGACCAAGGAAAAAGUUAUUAGAAGAUGAAUUUACUCGGAAGCUUCAAGAACAGGAGGUUUUCUUUAAAAUGUCUGGAGAAUCUGAAUGCCUUAAUCCUUCAACACAAAGCCGGAUUUCGAAAUUCUACCCAAUUCCUAGCCUGCACUCCACUGGAUCAUAAAUCUUGAACCUCUGUGAGGUGGCUUUGAGUGUACUUUUUAGCAUUUUCAAUUAACCUUCAGCAUCUGGAACAAUAAAAGAAUCUAAGAAUCUCAGUGGAACUUCAUCCACUUUCAGUGGAGACAAUCAAUGAUGUCAAAAAAUUCCCUUUUUGUUUUCAUGCUGGGAAACAACUUAAAAUAGAAGCACAGAUGUCUUGAAAUCUGAUAUGGUAUUUUUCAUGUGUUUCAAGAAUAGAUAGCCAUUUGAAAACUGCUCUGAAAAACUGUAGUAUCCAACUAUGUUGGUACUGAGAAGCAAGCCUCAACUACUAGUGAUCAUCUGCCCCAAGAAUAAAUGCAGAAAAUUCUUAGAUGAAGAUACUACUAUAAUUUUAAUCAAAUCUUUAUUGUGUUAUGCCCACUACUUUGAGGAAAUGGGUUGCUAGCCUCACCUUUUCAGUGCCUGAAACCAUUGAAAUGCAUUCCCCCCCUCCAUAAACCAAUCAUGUUUAUCACUAAAGAAACCCACUGAUCUAUUACUGUAAUAGAAGUGCUUGCUGUUGCCACAGUUGUUGUCAAACCUUGGCACUGAAAAAAAAACUAUUCAACUUUAAAAUGUACAGUUUAUUUCCCUCUUUCUGGCUGGUAGUGUUCUACCAACUGAAAUGAAAUAGAAUUGAUUUCUUAAAACACAGUGUGCAAGAUGCACUCGUUCUCCCCACCACAGGCAAAAAAACCCCAGCACAUUAUAGAAACGUGAAUUGGGGGAUUCUCUCCUUACCAAAGUAGCAGUUUGAGAGCAGUAAGUGGCUGCAGCUGUACCUGUUCUUACAAAUCAGUGCUGAUAGCUCAGGUGGCAAGAGAUAAGGGUUUUUUUGUUUCAAAAUGUAUGUUAACCUGUAGAAGGGUUUAAAUUAAAUAUAUAGACAAACGGUUUAAUCUGCUACAUUGUUUUGCCAUGAAGUAAACAUAAAUGGUUUUAUUUCUAAAAUUCAUAGUUGUACUAUAACUUAUUUUCUGUGGGGGCGGGAUGGAAAUAUUUAUGUUAGCAGGAGAGGUGCCUGCAUUCAGCAAAAACUAGUCUUUUGAGGCUUCAGAUUUGAGUCAUAUCAAGAAGCAGUAUUGUAAACUGUUCUUUUGAUAUGCCAUUAUUGGGCUUGUAAUAUAAAUGUUGGUUGCUUCCUGUCUUCUGCAGCCUAAUCUUUUAGUAGAUAACUUUGGAUAAUCAACUGUAAGUUUUCACGUUUUGCUAUCUUUCAUUAAAUGAGAGAAUGGUCACUUUCUUACCACUUUUAUAUUAUGUCAACAGCAUUCCUGCAUGCAAAGGAAGCGGAUUAUAAAAUUACACAGUACUUUAAUCAAGUGUGACCAGUACUUUGGCUACCAAAUUCAGAUACUGAGCUUGACCUUGUCUAAUUGUUACAUUGUGACAGUAUAGUAAGUAUAGUUUGAAGAUGCAUGUUUUCAGUUAAAUCUUGUUCUUCCCAAAUAAUUUACUUUUAACAAAUAUAUCAUAGGUAGCCUUAAUACCUUGCAUUUUAUUUUAUAAAUAUGUGUUGUGUACCAGGUUGUAAAUUCAUAUAUUCAUCACUAGAAUGUUGCAUUUUGCUGUAUACAAAGUUCUUAAAUUUGUUUAUUCUGAAUUGCUUAGGAUGGAAAGUAUUCAAAAGCCUUUACUUUUUUUAAGCUUCAUCUUUAUUAAAUAACUAGUAUUAACUAUAACAUUAAAUACUGUUUAUCUGUCUAAUCAACAGAUAAUCUGUUUAAAAAUCUCAAGUUCAUUGACUUUUUUGGGGAAUUGUGUAUAAAUUCUUGUUAUCUGUUCUCUCAAUGUUUGCUAGUCUGAGGGGGUUUACUUCUGUGGUGAUGCUAUUCCAUGGGAAUUAAUUAUAUUGCACUUACAUGUAUCAUGUCUCACAAGAAAAUCAACAAAAUAAGAACUUAA